AUGACGGCUCAGGAAGAAACACCAAACGACUCCAAUGCGCCGCCCCAGACUGUCGGCGGUGCCAAAGUCCCAAUUUCAGAUGGCUCGGUCCUGAGUUCCGAGCCAUGUAGGGAUUCGAUGCCUUCAGACGAAACGGGUCAACCCGCGAAAGAGUAUCUCACUGGGAUACGGUUCUGGGCAGUCUCGAUAGUGAUCGCUGUGGUGCUGUUCUUGGUUAACAUGGAAGCCACGGUCGUUGCGACCUCUCUGGUGGCCAUCACAGAUGAGUUGGGUGGGUUUGAUAUAGAAAGCUGGAUCCUCUCGAGUUAUUUACUCGGCUACGUAGGAUCAAUAGUGCUGGCAGCCAAACUCAGCGACGCCUUUGGGCGGAAAACAAUAACGCUAAUAUGCAUCGCAAUCUUCACAAUCUUCUCUGGAGGUUGUGCGGCUGCAGCAUCCACAACACAGAUUGUCAUCUUGCGCGCGUUCCAAGGCCUCGGAGGUGGUGGUUGUUUUGCACUCGCGACUAUUCUGCUCAUUGAGCUGGUUCCGCCUCAUAAGUAUGGUCAAUAUGUUGCCUACACCGGAAUCGCAAUAGCGAUUGGAUCCGUCUCUGGACCAUUAAUAGGCGGUGCCAUCAGCGCCCAUACCACAUGGAGAUGGAUUUUCUUGAUCAAUGUGCCCGUUGGUGUUGUCAUCUUUGCGGGAGCAUAUCUCGGUAUCCCAAAUGGCUUUCCAUUUCAUCAUGAAAACCCAACAAGUUCGGAAAAGCAAAAAGUGGCGGGGCAUGCCUUGGAGAAGCUGGAUAUCCCCGGGGCAUCUCUCCUGCUCCUGGCCAGCAUAACUCUUACUGCAGCAUUCGAGCAGGCCGGUUCCCGCUUCGCAUGGAACUCUCCUCUCAUCAUUGUGUUAUUAGUUCUGUCGCCUAUUCUGUGGAUACUGCUUGUUCUUUGGGAGCGUCGCGUUUCAUUGGCGGGAAAAUCCCGGGAGCCCGUUCUGCCCUGGGAAUUUCUCACAGACCGUGUCAUAGUUGGCAUGUUAUUGGGGUUUUUCCUCUUGGGGGCGCCUAUCACGGUAACAGUAUUUCAACUGCCCCAACGAUUUCAAUUGGUAAAUGGCCUCUCUGGAUUCGAUGCCGGAGUCAGGAUACUGCCCUUUGCAGGUGGAAUUACUGUUGGGUCCAGCAUAGGGGCGAAGCUGGCGAGUCAAUUCCGACUACCAGCUGUUUACGUUGUUCUGUUUGGAUCCUCACUACAGAUUAUUGGUCUUGCUUUGAUGACUACGCUUCCCUCAUCUCUAUCAGUGCCAGCCACGGUAUAUGGAUAUCAAGUUAUAGCGGGUUUCGGUUGUGGCGUCAGUUACGCAGUUUUGUAUCUCAUGAUACCAUUCACGACGGGGCGCCGUGAUCGUGCUGUUGGCAUGGGCACUGGCAACCAAUUUCGCAUGAUGGGAAGCGCCGUCGCCUUGGCCAUUGCAACCACGAUUUUCAGAACCUACACAGCUCCGGCCUUUGCAAAAGUAGCCAUUGACCCGAGCAACGAGUCUGAUCUCGCUGUGCGCAUCAUGGCGCUAACGGAUAGUGCUCGGGAAGAGUUGAGAGAGUCCCUAGCGGCUGGAUACAUUAGACAGAGUCUUGUGACAGUCGUCUUUGCAGCCGUGCAGAUACCCGCGGCUUUACUCAUGUGGAAAAAGGACCAGGUCUUGGUGGUCUAA